AAACACCCUUCCGUCAUCAAAACCCAAAUUUCCUUUCUUCUCUUAACAACAGUGGGUGGCAAAAGAAAUUGGCAGAGAAACGAUGAGAGGUGUAAUAUCGCGAAUUGUCAAUACGACUUGCCGUUUAACAUCUCGCCGAGCUAUACAUCACUCAUCUUCUUCGUACAGAACGCUGUCGUCGGAUCAUUAUAGCAAUAUCAAUGGCUUUGUGUAUAGUUUCAUGUCAACAAGGUCUUCUUUGCUUCCAACAUCAUGGACCCAUUUAGCAGGGCAGAGGAGAACAAUGUUUAUACAGACUCAAUCGACUCCCAAUCCGUCCUCACUUAUGUUCUAUCCUGGAAAGCCAGUUAUGGAAGUGGGAAGUGCUGAUUUCCCUAAUGCUCGUGCUUCCCUCAAUUCUCCAUUGGCUAAAUCUCUCUAUGGAAUUGAUGGAAUUACUCGGGUUUUCUUUGGAUCUGAUUUUGUAACUGUGACAAAGUCAGAUGAGAUGUCCUGGGAUUUGCUAAAGCCUGAAAUAUUUGCAGCAAUCAUGGACUUCUAUUCUUCUGGUCAGCCAUUAUUUCUAGAUGCAGAAACUGCAGCAUCAAAAGACACAGCUAUUCAUGAGGAUGAUUCAGAAACAGUUGCAAUGAUCAAGGAACUGCUGGACACUCGUAUUCGACCAGCAGUGCAAGAUGAUGGCGGUGAUAUCGAGUACAGGGGGUUUGAUCCAGAAACUGGAGUAGUCAAAUUGAAAAUGCAAGGAGCAUGUAGUGGCUGUCCAAGCUCAUCAGUUACUCUGAAAUCUGGAAUUGAAAAUAUGCUAAUGCAUUAUGUAUCAGAGGUGAAAGGAGUGGAACAAGAAUUGGAUGAUGAAGAUGAGGAUGCGGCAUUGACAGGCCAGACUGACUAGUUCAUUAUAUAUUUUCUCUUGUGGUACAUUCAGAUGCAUGGCAGGGUUUGAAAGAAAAUCAAUGAAUUCCGAUCGUCUUGUACAGGAGAAAAUAAAGUUUGCUGGUCAUCGAAAGAGUGGCACAGUACCUGUAAUUUCUAAGUUCAGUUCUACUGCAAGCACGGAGCUGCAUAGACAUUGUUAUAUGUACAGUGAAGAAUUAUGGCACAUGUUUACUUCUUUUUAGCUCUUUUUCGGAGUUCACAAUUUUUUUUUGAAUUUUAGGUGUUCUCUAUGUAUUCUUAUCAGUUCUUACAAUUGGUUUAUGAUGUUGAUUUGAUAGAUCAUACAGUAGCACCAUCUGAAAAAUGCAAUGUUAAAUUUUUAUUUAUGCACUACUGGGGAGUGUUUUGCAUUGA